UUUGUUGUUAUAGUAAAUUUGUAGGACGAGAAGGAAGAUCGUUUAGCUAGAAAAAUGGCAACAAAUGCCAGUGAAAUAGAAGGAACAAACCAAGAAGCGAAAAAUGAAGACACUGAGGGUAAUGAAGAGAAUGACGUCUUUGAGGUUGGCAAGAUACUGGGAACGACAACGACGGAAGACAAUGUUCAAAUGUUCCUGGUGAGGUGGCAAGGGUAUGGACCAGAAGAAGACACGUGGGAACCAAGAAAUAACCUUGUAUCCUGCGAGGACCUCAUUGAGGAGUUUUUAGAGAAGAAAAAGAUGAAACGGAAGAUGAUAUCCAAGGCACCGGGUAGACCAAAGAAAUCAAAACUGGCAAAGUUAAAGCAAGAUGCAUCUGCAAAUGAUGCAGCUUCUACUUCAGAAACCAACAUAGAAAAGCCUGAAAAAACAUCCACAGCCACCAGUAUUUUGAACUCACUAUCAGAAGAGAAACCAGUGAAAGACACAUUCUGGGAGGAUUUUGAUAAAGGCUUGAUUAGCUUUGGUGAUGAUAUGUAUUCCAAGGUGAAAGGUCGCCGUGCUACACUUGAGGCUAAAAAGAAGAAAGAAGAAGAAGCAUCAAAAAGCAAAGAGAAACCAGAGAAAAAAAGCAAAAUGAAACGAUUAAAAGCAAAACGAGAACGGAAAAUGCAUCGUAGCAAUAGUUUUACAGAUGGAAAGAAAACGAAGACCAGUCUAGCUAUGGAAGCUAUUGGGUCUCUAGAGAGCGCAACUCAGAUGACACUCACAAGAACUCUGGAUGCCUUCGAUCUUUGUCAGAACAAUGCCAACUUGUACAACUCACCAGUUCAUCAAACUAGAACCGAGGAGCUCACCAUCGCUUGCUUGGAACAAAAGCGCAGAAGUUCAAGUGAAACAUUACCUGCAACUCCAGACGACCUCAGCUCUGCGGAUGAAGAGCUGUCAUCCAGGAAUAAGUUUUCAGAAGAUUUUACCAGGGAAAAUAUGGACUCACAUUCAGUCAAAUCAAAGAACAUUAACAUAUCUAGUAAAGUGGACUUGCAUAUGGUGAAAGGUUUAGAAAAUGAGCACUUUAAUAUCACACAAGUUGAUAGUGAACGAUCCCAAGACACCACAUCAUUAAACUCAUUUGAUCAAGAAAGCAGUUUGUCUGGAGAGGAGACUGAAACUGACCCCGAAUUGAAUUUGCGGAUCUCUACACAUCCUCAGGCUGUCACUCCAGAAAAGCUAGGGUUUUCAGGUCAUAUGACCACCUCUGACGAAUCACAAUCUGUAACAACAACAUUUGUAGCAACACAGUCAUCUGUUUUGCAGGCUUUAACGCCAACAUCUAUACCACCAACUCCUCUACCAUUACCACUAUCUGUAGCACCACCGAAAUCGGUAGCAUUUCUACAAUCUGUAUCAUCACCACAAUCUGUAGCAGCACCAUCUGUAGAAAAUCAAUCUGUAGUGUCACCAUCUGUAGCAUCAACAUUAAUGGUCCCACAAUCUAGGGUAUCAUUGGAACCAAAUGGAAGGAAAUUAGAUGUAGGAAGUAAUGACAGUAGCGGAAGAGUUUAUCACAACACUCAUGAAAACUCAACCAUAUCAAGCAAUUGUUCCAUAAUUACCUCAGAAAAUAGUGAAAGAGAAAGAGGAGUAUUCAUUUCAAGUUUUGAGAAGAAUGUAAUCCCUCUCGAGAAAUUAUCUGUUCAAAAACAAUCACAGAAUCAGAAAUAUGGCCAGGGAUCAGAUUUGACAAAUGAUUCAACAAUGACAAAUGAUAUGCCAGCACAGAAAGAAAAAUCUUCCCUCAAGAUUUACUAUGAAGAAAACCUUAAUCUAAAAGGAAGUGAAAAAUCUGCAAGUGAAAAUUUUAAACUCAAACCUGAUACUCAGCUCAGUAAAAACACAGAUGAAAAUUCAUUUUGGACUAUGUUCUCUGACAACUUGUUGGGGACACCAGAGAUAGACACAGACAGGAUUAAUCAGAAAGAAAAGAAUUCCAGCUCAAACACCACUAUAUCUGAAAAACUAUCUAAAAAGGAUGAUAAAUUACGUUCAAACAACCAACUUGUAUUUAAUUUGUCAAAGCUUAAAAAUAGUACCGACAUUGUUUCAAAUUCAAGUAAUGAGAGAAAAGUUAAUUCCUCAGAUGACAACCGGAAUCAUCAGAUUGAGGAUAAAGAGCAACUGGAUAACAGGUUGGAUGUUCCAGCUCUGAUUGGAACGAAUAAGUUGGCAUCUACAGAGAGCAAAAGAAACAUGGAAAGGAUUCCUGCCAAUAGUGGAUCUCAGAAGUCACAAGUUGAGGAUAAUCCUGAUGAACCAUCAACUGAACAAGAUGAGAAUAAACCUAGUGGAGAAAUAGAGAACAUAGAUACGAACGGACGAAAACAACACCAUUCCGUUAGCAAUGAUUCCCAGAAAAAUGCACAUAAAGAAGAAAACAAAAAAGAUACAUCUAUUACGGUUGUUGGUGAUUUAUAUAAUAAACAAAAAACCGAGGAAUCUAACCAAGGGUUAGUUGAAAUGCCAAAUACUGGUCGUAAAUUUACUGCUCAGAUGAAACUAAGUGCUAAGGAUCAGCCUCAAAAAGUUAAGCCAAACAAAUUGGAAAGACGAAGUUUUGAAGAUUCAUUUGAGUUGGAUUUAGAUGAUUAUGUAGAACAGAAUGUGACCUCAAUAGAUACCUUUUCCAGCACUCACAUAUCUCCAGUGGCCUUCAGAGAAGCAGUUAUCAAUGGCAACCACAGGGUGGUUGAGCAAGCUCUGCGUUUCUCAGAGCACCUCGAUCUAGAGAUGUUGGAUGAAAGCUGCAAGACACUUUUGAUGUAUGCUGUCGAGGGUCGACAUGAAGGCAUCGUCAGGUUACUGUUGAUUAACAGGGCAGCUGUUAACAGGCAAGAUAAAGAUGGAAUGACUGCUAUUAUGUAUGCAGCAGAACAGGGUUUCUAUAACAUAGUUGCGAUUUUGAUUGAAGCCGGAGCAUACAUCAACCUCAAACAGUCAUCAUCAUCAGGAGAAACAGCCUUAAUUAAGGCAUGUAAGAAAGGAUUUAAAUCAGUAGCUGAGCUGUUGCUGCUAAAUGGGGCAGACUGGACCGUUGUCACAGGAACUAACUCAGCAACAGGAUGCCCGAUCCUUAACAACAAUCAUAAUGUUCAAGAUGUCAUUAAGCAGCAUGUUGACAGAUUAUCCAAAAGUGUACAACAGACUAUGAAUGACUACUUAAAGGGGAUUGCUACGAUUCAGACGCUUGUACUGCCUCUGCAGAUCAUCAGACCUCGUGAAGCGACCGAGAAUACACUCUACCUCAAAUUCAACCCCAGUUACUAUAUCUACAAACAUGACUGUGGAAUUCUUCUGUUUCUCAUCCAUGCAAAGUUCAAUGCGUACAGUGUUAAUUGCCGUCUGGAAGGUGCAUGCCUCGUUCGAGAGGUCCUCAUGAAUGGCAUACCUCUUCCAUCUCUUAUGCCAAAUAAUAAUUUCAUUAUGUCAUUCCUGCCAAUUGAAGGACGCAAUAAGAUUCAGAUCCAUACUCUAAGUGCUCCUCAUACUAACGAUCGGCUGCUUGUUUGUGCCUACUCAGCUCAAGUACUAAACCAAACACCAAAUACUGUUAUACCAACAUAAUAUGAUAUGAUCUAGUUAUAAAUACAAUCAUCAAAGACCAUCAAAGCCAAUCACCUCAAGAUGCAAGACCAUCAAAGGCAACCAUCCUUUAUCUGCAAGACCAUCAAAGGCAACCAUCCUUUACCUGCAAGACCACCAAAGGCAACUGUAUAGCUGUAAGGUUGUGUAAGGCAACUGCCAAUUAGCUGCAUUAUAGUCAACCGCCCUCUAGCUGCAAGUUCAUCAAAUGCAACCAUCCUCUAUUUUGCAAGGUUCUCAAACUUAACUGCCCUCUAGCUUCAAGAAAGAUAAUUCAGGUAAACUACAUGCUAGGAAGAUCAAAUUUAUGGCAACUGCCCUCAAGCUGCAAGUAUGAGCAUUAAAGCUGUCACUUAGCUACAAGUAUAAUUUUCAAAGCAAGUAGUAAGAUCACACAUAAGGCAACUGUCCUCUUGCUACAAGUAUGAUUAUAAAGGCAACGGCCCUCUAGCUGCAAAAAGCUGCAUUGAGGAGGCUGUCCUCUACCUGCAAGUAAGAUGAUUAUGGCAACCACUCUCUAGCUGCAAGUAAGAUCAUCAAGGCAGUGGCCCUCUAGCUGCAAAAAUAUUAAGGCCACUACUGCCUUCUAGCUGCAUUAAGUCAAAUGCUCUCAAACUACAAGUAUUAGACAGUGUGUGAGAAAACUGUAAUAUUCUAUAUUUACCUAGAAAAGAAAAAAUAAUACUAGGCAGGUGCCUGGUUCUUAUAUUCAUCACUGAAAAUAAUGAUAUAAAUAAAUAUAAAACUAAGGUUGAAUCAUCUUUAAUCAGAUGCUCACAAUAUUUUCAUAGUAAUGCUAGUCUAGUAAUAGAAUUAAUGUUAGAUGGAGUAAAAGGUCUGUUAGACGUUUUCAUGUAAUUAAAAUGAGAUUAUGCAUACUGUUAAUACUUCUUUAAAAGGAGAAGUUCAUGUAGGGAGAAUAUAGAUUUUUCCCCUGAUUCCUAUUGCAUUAUUCAGUGAUAAGUUUGUCUUCUAUUACAGUAGCUGUAAACCUAUUGAUUAAACAAAAAAUAGGAGCUGAUAUCCUAGACAGCCAUGGGAUAUUAAUAAUGUCAUGGUUAUCAAUAACAACAGUAGAGGGGUAUUAAGUAACAGUAGGAGUGGUAUUGUCCUUUAAUGUUUUAAAUAUAUUUUAUAUAUUCAGUGAUGGAAAUAACAUAAAAACAGGUUAAAUGUCACAAAAUUCAUUGAGUUAUGUACGUGUCACAAGACAUCUGUAAAAUUCCACCAUUAUUGUUGAUAAUAGUCUCAUGUGAUUUUAAUGAAUUAACUGCCAUUGAUUUUAGCUUGCUGCAUAAGAAAAAAUAUAAUUAAAUGAAUUUUGUUUUUGUUGGAAUUCUAAAAUUCUAAUAAAAUGUAUGAUUGAUUAUUCAAUAAAAUUGAUAUUGUAUUCUGUACAAAUGAUGCUAAUUAAGGAAUUCUGAUUUUGUAGCAAGUGUAUAUAACAUAAAACACAAAAAAAUAAAACCCAUUAUUUUGUAAUGGUUUACAUCCCUAAAAAUCCAUGCUGCAAAUGGUGCUAUUCAUGUGAUGAAUAUUCAUUAAUACUCAAAAUUAUCAUUAAUAUUCAUGAGUUGUGUGUACAGUAUUAACUAUUAAUGUUCAUGACCAGGCCAAUUUAUACUGUUGAAAAAUUUCCAGGCUCCAGUUUGUAUUCCAGAUUUAUAUGUUUGUGGAAGUCGAGUAGUAGAAGUAAUCCAAAUCAGUUUACAUAUGAAAAAACUUCUAAAAAAUGAUGCAGUUUGGAUUAAUUAUGUACUUAUCAAGUGUUAAUGAAUGAUUGUAACAUACAUAGAGUAUUCAUUAUUAUAUAGCUUACAACUCCUUAAAAAUACAGUACUUAGAAAUUGUGAUAAAUUUAUAUGUUUCUAGUGGUUUGUAUAAUAAUUAUAUUCAUUGUAUGGUAAUAUGUUUGAGCUUUAAAAGUCAGGUUGAUCUCACUGUACACAAUGCUCAUUUGUGAAGCAUCCCCCCCCCCCCACUUGCUGUGUUAUGUAGCUGAAGGGCUUUUACACUGAAUGUAGCUUAUAAAAUGUAAAGAAUUGUUGAAUGAGGCAGUCACAGUCCCAUAAUGAACUAUGCAUGCGAUCAGUAAUUUUAACCCUCAGCGUGAUUGUCUAGACUAAGGGAUCUGCAAGUAAGCCCUUUCGCUUUUUCACAUGUGCUUAAUUAUAUCAAAACAAAUCAUAUGGUAUAUUGUACGUAGUUUAUUUAAAGAGUAGGUGAGUAGGUAGCAAUUCUUAAAGAGUGUUUGUAUCAUCAGUCAAUCAUUCCUGUUUUGGCUUGCAUUCUACUGACGCUUAGAGACAAAGGAAAAAGGAGGGGGGCCAAAGGGGGGUCCGUGAUCGAGAUAACACUACCUUACUACUAGGAGGUGGGGGUGUGGGCGCGAACUUUGUGGUUUUUAGAUGCCUGAAAAUAACCUCUGAGGCGUUUAGGGCAAUCAAUUAUUUUCUUUUUCUUUAAUUCUUUUACUUUUUUUCUAAACUUUCCAAGGGGGGAGGGGGUGCGGGUCCAGCCCUGGCAUAGGCCCUUAAUGAAUUCCUGUUACAUCCCACUCCCCAUCUCCUUGGUCCUUCCACAUUUUCUUUUCAUGUUCUUAACUAAAUCUCUAUGGCCUGCAACUUCUCUCGUGUAAUUAACAAGAGGUGAUGUCAUUACACCAUGUGCAACCCAUCGUCAUCUUGCCAGCUGUACAAGCCAAGGGGAUGAAAACAAAAUUAAUGCGGGUUCACAAAAUCUAAUUGUAAAAUUAAUUCCAUGUUACUGAUUCGAAUUGUAUACAUUAGAGAAAAUGAAUUUUUUUGCAGAGCAAAACUGUUUUCAAAGAUAGUAGAUAUUGAUUAUUACGAUAUGCUUACAAUAUCGAUAAUAUCACAAUUGAUAUUAUUUGAUUGCAAGAUUGUAGAUAUAAAAUACAGUAUAUAUGUUGUUCAAAUUACUAUAUUCUAUUUGAUUCACAGGAAAUAUUUUUAGUAGCCUAUUUUAAAUAAAUGAUUUUAUUAAAAUAUCUACAUAGUACAGUAUGUAAUUUUAGUGAAACACUAAAUGCUAUGUUGCUGUAAUAAGUUGAGUUUUGCAAAGUAAUUAUCAAAACUAAUUUGCGUAACUGACCACCUGGUAUGCGAUGGAUUGCCUCUUACCAAUUGCUGACUUUGAAUUAAUGUACUCUUAAAUCCCAUAAUACUCACAUUGAAUUAAAUAAUGUAGUUGUAGAUAUUUUAUAUAUUUCAGCUAAGGGAAUGUUUUGGUAUUUUUUUAACAUUUAUUGGAUUACGUUGUUGUUAGAAUGGUUUUUGCCACUUUUAGAAAUUAUUUUUUAAUGAAAUUUAUACUUCAUACGUAGGUUUGAUUUUUUUUUGCAGUUUAAUACUUUCUAUAACAUUUCUGUGCAAUUCGUUAGCAAUGUGUUAAACCGGGCAUACAUGAUCAGAUUUAAUAUUUGUUCAUUGUUUGACAAAAUAAAAAAGUAAUUUUCUGCA